AUGCCCACCCGAGAGACUCCCCAGACUCACAGCUCCGGGGGACGCCCCCAGCUCCGCCCACCUGGCCCUGGGCCUCCACGACUGGACCCCCGAGGCCUGGAAACCAGCUCGCCAUCCAGUCUGUGCCAACCCCAGUCUGGAACGCACAGGGCAAGGCCCAAGAAGAUUGUGUUUGAGGACGAACUACCCCCUCAGGCUAUCCUGGGCACUAAGAGACCUGUUGGAGCCACUGCUGGGGGACCUAAGACCAGGCCCCACCCAGUGCCCGACUAUGAGCUUAAGUACCCACCAGUGCGCAGUGAGAGGGAGCGGAACCGCUACGCAGCUGUGUUCCAGGAUCAGUACUCUGAGUUCUUGGAGCUGCAGCAGCAGGUGGGCUGUACACAGGCAAAGCUACAGCAGCUGCAAGCCCUGCUGAACUCACUACCCCCGCCCCACAGCCAGAAGGAGGCUCAUGUCGCUGCCCGCGUCUGGAGGAAAUUUGAAAAGAAGCAGAUGGACCCCAGAUUUCUGGAUAAGCAGGCUCGCUAUCGCUACCUGAAGGGCAAGUUGAGGCACCUCAAAGCCCAGAUCCAGAAAUAUGAUGACCAACAGGACAGUGAGGGCUCCGUAUAUUUCUGA